AUGUCGCAGGAGCUUCGGCGCACAGGUCCAUUGCCCGACGAUGCGACGACCGAUGGUCCCAACGCGAUUGAUACUGAGCGUGCGCCUGCAGACAACCGUCAGCCUUCGCGUCGGCCGCCAUUACGCGCUAGACCACAAUCCUGGCACCCUUAUGGUCCUGUAGAGCCACCGUUGGAUGUCUCGUCCGCACGGUCCAUCGGGGUUCAUGCGAUUUUGAAUCCACCAGGUCAGGCAGCCGCUAUCGAUGCAGUCAGUACCAGCCGCGAGCCUUUGAGUUUGCCUGGACCCUCGGCAUCGUCCCGGCCACGGCAGGGGUCUUCACCUGCGCCGCGGAUAGUGCAUCAUCUAGCGCAGCAGCAAUUAUCUCCAAGGGCUCAUCCACGGUCUUUGAAAGGGCCGGGCUCGCCAUCUGCACGGUUUGUUGGUAGUGGUAGGACCUCGGGACAGUCGAGUGUAGCACACUCGACUGUCGUUCCCCAGGAACCUCCUCUGGGACUUCGUCAACCUCCAUCCAGCUCAUCUCUACCAUUGGAAUCGGCACUUCGGCCUAUCACUUCAUUACCGCCUGUUCAACCCUCAACGGCGACGUCACUAAACUCGACACCCAGUCUUCACUCCCGAAAAACCAGCACAGGCCUAGGCCUUCUAACGAACCCGAAUUCGCAGGAGACGAGCCCUACAACACCUCAUUCAAGCUUCAGUCACUUCACACACGCAUCUCCCGCAGUGACUCAUGUCUCUCUCCCGCCAACGGUGCCGCCGUACUCAGUACCGCCGCCCUACAAAGCAAUAGAUUCCAUGGCUCGCGGAACUCCAGCAACAGCAGAGACCUGUCGCAUAAAGGAAGAAUCAACCAGAAGCGUCACACCUGUCGGCGGUAGCUUAAUACCAUGUGUACUGGACUUGAAGUCUGGAUCAUCCAGUCAAGCAGAGAAGCGCAAAGCAAACAGCGACGCUAGUCGACGAUUUCGAAACCGCAAGCGUAACGAAGUGCAACUUGAGCAACGACUUGGUGCCCAGCAGGACGAAAUCCAGCGCCAUGUCGAGACAGUCCGUCGUCAGAGUCAAGAAAUCCGAUCUCUCGCCCAACAGAGAGACCAUUACCGUUCCGAGCGGGACUUUUACCGCGAACAGCUCGGACGAUCAAUGUCAUUGAGUCAGCUGCCUCCCCGGCCUUCCUCGCCUCAUCCUCAGUCUUCUCUGCUUCCCCCAUCAGACUCGACUUUGACUUCGACUUCGACCUGGGCUGGAGAUGUGCCGCGAUCGGCAACAGCACAAACCGCGACUGCAUCAGGCAGGGUACUGGACUCAGCGAGACAGGAAAAUUGGCCUGCAAGUCCGGCAUCUUACUCGCCCGCUCCCACAUCCGGGAGAGCACUCCCUCCAGGACCACCACCGGUAGCUGGAGGACCUUUCCCUCCAUUCCAAGGAACAUGGACACGGCAAUAG